AUGGCAGAACUAUCGCGAAUUGUCGGUUCUGUAUUUGCUGUUCUUUGUGCUUACUUAUUUUAUCAUUAUCUAGAACAGCAAAUUACUCGUCGACAGUGGACGAAGCGACACGGUUGCGCCGAUCCACCUAAAUAUCCCCAUAGAGAUCCCAUCGGAUUAGAUCUCUUCGUAUCAAAUAUCCGCAACGCCAAGCACUUUCGGAUGCUAGAAGGAUGGAAAGAAAGAUGGCAGAAGUAUGGCACGACGUUCAGUGGAAUGUCGAUGGGAGUCCGGAAUGUAUACACUGUUGAUCCUCUGAAUCUUCAGUCUGUUCAUGCGCUGAACUUCAGUAAUUACGGUGUCCAACCUAUUCGACGAGAUGCAACCCUACCGUUCUUGGGUGAAGGAGUGUUUACUAUGGACGGUCCAUUUUGGGAUCAUUCGAGAGCUCUGAUACGGCCAACAUUUACGAGGACUAAUGUUGCCAACCUACCAGCUUUUGAAGUCAAUUUCCAGAAGUUCCUGAACCUACUUCCGAAAGAUGGGGAGACAGUGGACUUGAAACCCCUAUUCUAUCGCUUGUUUCUUGAUACAUCCUCUGAAUUCCUAUUCGGCGAAUCCGUAAACGCACUCUCAGAAAAAACACCUUUCAAAACCAAGGAGUUCCUCGAUGCUUUUCACUAUGCGCAACGAGGAAUGGGAGUCAGAAUUCAAAUGCGCAAAUUCAAGUUCCUCUUCCGCGACAAAAAGUGGUGGGAAGCAAUCAAGAUCUCUCACGACUUUGCGUACACUUAUGUCGACAAAGCUCUAGAAUUUCGGAAACGGUAUCUUGAGUCCAAAAAUUCGGGGAAGAAAAGCCUGUCUGAAGAUGAUGACAGACAUCCGUAUGUUUUGUUGCACGAAAUGGCAAAAGAAACAGAUGACCGAGAUAAUCUUCGGAGCCAGAUUAUCCAUAUCUUUAUCGCAGGUCACGACUCAACUGCUAUUACUGUCGGUCAUGUAUUCUUUCACCUCUGUCGAAAUCCUGAGGUUUAUGAAAAGCUUCAUGCGGAAGUCAAGGCGUUGGAUGAGGAGUUGACAUUCGAGUCGCUUAAAUCAAUGCGUUAUUUGCAAUAUGCCAUCAAAGAAACCCUACGUCUUCAUCCCGUCACACCACUAGACGGACGUAUCGCCUACCAAGACACCAUGCUCCCCACCGGCGGCGGACCAAACGGCGACUCUCCAAUCUUCGUCCCCAAAGGCUCGCUCGUAACAACCUCACUCCACGCUCUCCAUCGACUCGCACCAUGUUUCCAACCAGAUCCAGAUACGUUCCGUCCAGAACGAUGGGAGACGGUACGACCAGGAUGGAGUUAUCUUCCAUUCUUCGGGGGUCCAAGAAUUUGUCCUGGUCGUUAG